AAGAACGAUAGCUUCGUUAAGAUAUCUGGAAUACUUUGAAAUAUGAAUUUUUAUAUGUUGGACUUUUGUAGUCAGUAGUAUAAUUGUGGAUAUAUACGGCCUACAUACUCUCUUUUGAGUCCUAACACUAACACCAAGGUGAGAGAGUGUGUGUAAAAGUGAGGACCACACGAGUGAUCAGAAGCUAUCAAAAGGGAAUCUCUGGCAUUAGCGUCGUCACCAUCGUCAUCGUUUUCAUUCUCUCGAGAAAAAGAAAACAGAAAUACAACUGGAGAUUUCGUUCUAGAUUGAAGAACUGACGUAAGAGCGGAAUCAUAUGAAGAAUGAGGAAUGGAAGAAGUUAGUAAGGGAUUAGCGAGGUAUAGCAUUCUGAGUUGGUGUGGUUGUGGUAAUGGAGGUUACACAGGCAGGAGUCAGAACUAGAGCUCGAGCUAUGGCGGUGGUGGCGGAGGAGACGGAGGAUAAUUCGGGAGCAGUGAAGAGGAGAAAGGUCGGUAAUGAGAAAUCGAGGUCGCCGUCGUUAACAUCUGAACAAACUAAAACUCGGUGUGAUAUUGAUUACGUUAAAUCGGCACAUGAGGAGGAGGAGGAUCCAAGCGAUUCCUUCAAUGCCUCCGCGAACCUUAAAUCCGGUGGUGUUACUGGAUCAAUGGAGAAAGUGAAAGUUGCGGAUCUGGAGAAGAGUUUUGGAACUGAAACAUCCGCCAGACAUAAAUUAAACGGAAGCGAAAGCACACCUAAGAAGGAGCUCAAGGCGGAAUCAGGCGAACUGGAAUCAUGUACAGCAAAGCCGUCACCGGAAAUGGUUAAUCCUUGCCGUACAGUUUUGUCGCCGGAGAAGAUGCCACCUGAAGCGGAACUUGAAGCCUUCUUUGCGGCUGCAGAGGAAGACCUUAACAAACGGUUUAAAGACAAGUAUAAUUACGACAUUGUAAAUGAUAUUCCUUUAAAAGGUCGAUACGAUUGGGUUGAACUAACGCCAGGAAAAUGAGGAUUAAUUAAGAUGAUCGAUGAAGAAUAAAUUAAUGAGCAUUUUUGUUUUGAUGAAUUAUUUGAAGCUUUUCUGGCUACCAACAGCAGCUAACCCUAAACGAGGAAGAACGACGCUGUGAAAAAGUAUGCCGUAGUGUUGUGUGCUUUUUAAAUCGUUGUUAUAUAAUUCAUAUAUAGUAAUGAUAUUCGAUUCCACCACUGGUAAUUAACUUUGAUUUUAAUUAAUUCUCAAAAUUACUUUUUGAUUGA